AUGAUAAGGAUAAUAUUUAUUACAUUGAUAUCACGGGUCCUGGCGGUUCCAGUGAUGACAAGACAGGAUCUAUUGAAGGAGGCGCAAAGAGCACAGUUCUGUGAAAGCCUUAUAAAUAUCAAUAAUUUGUACUAUUCGUUCGAUGAGACAAAAAACGUGACAGGUAUUCCCGCUGAUAUGAGUGUACAUUGGAAAACUGGUAAUGUUUUUUACACGCUGAUAAAUGAUAAUAUGAAAAUGAGCCUCCAAGUUUUACAUCCGAGUGGUGAAGCUGAAACUAUCAAAGUUGCUGGUCUAGGUCAGUCCACGACUGUAGAUAACCUUAACGAUGUGGUUUAUUUGGCAACCGAUAACGGAGUCUACAAAUACAAAGAGGACGGUUCUAUAGAACUUUAUGCGGCGUUAGGAGAAGAUGUUAUGUAUGUAACAGUGUCCAAUGACGGCUCCGUCAUGUAUAUAGCUACCUGGCCACAGAAUAGAGUACACAAAAUAAUGAACGAGGGACAAAAACAGGAAAUGUUUCCAGCUAUACCAAACGGGCAUGGCAUUACUGUGGACACCAGAAACAAUAUAUUCUUCGUAGCAACACAGACAUCCCACGUAUUAAAGAACGGUCAUAACAUACCAAUUAAAAUAAAAGGCUUACCAAGCGAAAGAAUUACCGGAGUAUUUGUUAGCAGAUCAGACGAGAUUUACGCUAUGGAUGAAAACAGCAAUCUAUAUAGCAUAGACGCGGAGAAUGCUAAUGCAAAAUAUUUGGGAACUUUCAAUAUAAGUGGCGUAAAUACAUUCGCUAUGGACUCAGCCGAUAAUAUCCUUAUCGGUGUCAGAGGUGGUAUACAAAAGUUCAACGCAUACGAACAAGACCCGUGCCAGAAUUAUGACAAGUAA